AUGUCUGCGAGUCACAGCGACAGCGACGCUGUCAGGAUUGACCGAGACGACAUUAGCGACUACAAUCCCGAUCAAAUUCUGCCAGAGCCGCCCGAGGGAAUACCAGGCUCUGGAAAGUCAGUCUUGGCGUCCAAAGUUGUCCGAGACCUGUCCCAAAAUCAACCAGCAACCCCGGUGCUGUACUUCUUCUUUCGGAAGAUCAUUGACGCCAACCAUGAACCGGUUGCGCUGUUGAGAGACUGGCUGGAUCAACUGCUGCUAUACAGCCCGCCUUUGCAGAAGCAGAUCAAGGAACACGUCGAAAACAAGCGAUCUCUCAACAGCAUGUCGAUGGAAGGCCUCUGGAAAGAUCUUCGGAUGGCACUUUCCGGAUUAUAUGGGAAAGCAUUCUGCAUCGUUGACGCUUUGGACGAGAUGGAUAGGCACCAUUGGACGUUCAUCCGCGCUCUGGGUGAGCUCGGGACUUGGAAGCCUCACAGAGUCAAAGUGCUCGUUACCAGCAGAUUCAUGCCUGAGAUGGAGCAACUCAUGAGAGGUCCCAACCAUUCUCAGAUUCAAUUGCAGUCUGAUCUGGUUGAUGUCGACAUUGCCACCUAUGUUCGAACGAGCUUGUAG